UGAGACGGAAGUGAGACGAACAACUGUACUGAGGAGAAUAUGGAUUAAAACGUACAGAAUCACCGGAUUUCAAGUAUUUUUCGGUGGACCGUCGGCGGCGGAGGCCUGUGGAACCGUGUGGAGAGGACACCGUGUCCAAGAUGGCUGGAAAAUGACAAAACUCGUUGCCCUAUUGGAAACGCUCUGCUGGCUUAGUUCCUGCGGUGCUUUAUAGAGCCUAAUGCUCGUUCUGGCUACUUCUGUCAUCAUGGACACGGAGGACUUCCUGCACCCAGAGGGCCCUCAGUUGGGGAGCCCAAAGUACAAUGUGCCCAGUCCUCCACUCCCCAACGCCAUAGAGGGUCAGCUGUAUUCUUCUAACUCAUGGCAGUUCUCUCAGCAAAACCAGUACAACCAAAACAGCUAUCCUAUGCAACAAUCUGGGAGCAUGUUUAGGCAGUUCCAGCACAAUUCCUCAUCUGUGGAUGAGUUCAGCCUUCUGGACUUCUCUGAUGCCACAUCUGGCAGAAAUGGAGACUUGACACGGGAUCUGUCGUACAUAGAAAAUGCAUCUCUGUUUUCCUCUGCGUCUGACUCUUUUUCUGAGUAUGCUGACCCUGCUGGCUUUGGCAGUGACAGCGUGUCUCACAUACCACCUGAGGUCUCCACCUCAACACCAGCAUUCUGGGACACACCCGGGCACAGCCAGAGAGAGUUGAACUUGUCGAAGCUUUCUGUUUUUAGCAAUCUGGAUGAACUCGAUGCCAUUUUGAACAACCAGCCAUUAGCAGGAUAUAAGCCACCUGAAAUUGUUCAAACUCAACCGGAGGAUGAAGAAGAGGCGGAUGAGGAGGAGACAGAGGAACUUGGACACAUGGACACAUAUGCUGAAUACAAACCAUCUAAAUCUACCAUAGGAAUCUCUCACCCGGAUAUAGUGGUAGAGACCAGUACUCUAUCCAGCGUCCCUCCCCCAGACAUUACCUACACCCUCUCUAUCCCAGACAACACUAUAUGCACUGGUCUGCUCUCUGCCCUGCAGCUUGAAGCCAUCAUCUAUGCCUGCCAGCAACAUGAGGUAAUCCUGCAGAAUAACCAAAGAGCAGGCUUUCUGAUCGGGGAUGGAGCUGGUGUAGGAAAGGGUCGCACUGUGGCCGGUAUCAUACUGGAGAAUCACUUAAAAGGAAGGAAAAAAGCUCUGUGGUUCAGUGUAUCUAAUGAUCUGAAGUAUGAUGCAGAAAGAGACCUCAAGGACAUUAAUGCCCCAAAUAUUCCUGUGUUUGCUUUAAACAAGAUUAAAUAUGGAGACACAGCUACCUCAGAGGGGGUCCUGUUUGCAACAUACUCAGCACUAAUCGGUGAGAGUCAAGCAGGGGGACAACACCGCACAAGACUUAAACAGAUAUUGGACUGGUGCAAACCGGGCUUUGACGGAGUUAUUGUGUUUGAUGAAUGCCAUAAAGCCAAAAAUGCGACAUCCACUAAGAUGGGCAAAGCUGUAUUGGACCUGCAGAGCAAGCUGCCACAGGCCAGAGUGGUGUAUGCUAGUGCCACAGGUGCCUCGGAGCCAAAGAACAUGAUCUACAUGAGCAGGUUGGGCAUCUGGGGGGAGGGAACACCCUUCAGGACAUUUGAGGACUUCCUUCACGCUAUUGAAAAGAGAGGUGUCGGUGCCAUGGAGAUAGUUGCCAUGGAUAUGAAAGUCAGUGGCAUGUACAUAGCAAGACAGCUCAGCUUUUCUGGCGUAUCUUUCCGGAUUGAGGAGAUUGCACUGGAUGAAGAGUUGAAACUGGUCUACAACAAGGCUGCCCGACUGUGGGCUGAGGCUCUGGAGGUGUUUACCAGAGCAGCAGAUUUGCUAGUACUAGUCUCUCGUAAGUCCUUGUGGGGCCAGUUCUGGUCCUCUCACCAGCGUUUUUUUAAAUACCUCUGCAUUGCCGCAAAAGUGCGCCGCCUGGUGGAGCUUGCUAAGGCAGAGAUGGAGCAGGGCAAGUGCAUUGUGAUUGGACUGCAGUCGACUGGAGAGGCCCGUACUCGUGAGGUUCUAGAUGAGAAUGAUGGACAUCUUGACCGAUUUGUCUCCGCAGCCGAGGGUGUGUUCCAGUCUCUGGUUCAGAAGCACUUUCCAUUAGAGAAACCGAAGAGAGAAAAAACUGCUGGUAAUAAAAGAAAACGAAAGACAAGAGGUCGACCACUCAAAUUUCCAAAGCACUGUGUGGAUGUAAACGAAAUCAUUAAAAUCAGUGAUGACUCGGCUUCGGACUCGGAGGACAUAGACAGUGACUCGAACUCCUCUCCAGAGUCGCUGCAGGACAACGAUGAUGUCAUUUUUGUAAACCACAUUAAUGGGUAUACUGCAAAACUGGAGGAGCUGAAACAAAGGCUGCUGGCUAAAAUAGCAGAGCUGGGAAAGGAGCUUCCACUCAACACACUGGAUGAGCUGAUUGAUAAAUUUGGAGGACCAGAGAAAGUGUCUGAGAUGACUGGGCGAAAGGGUCGUGUGGUGCGGAGGCCAGAUGGCAGAGUUCAGUAUGAAUCGCGGGCAGAACAGGGCCUCACCAUAGACCAUGUUAACAUCAAGGAGAAAGAACGCUUCAUGGAGGGGGAGAAGCUGGUGGCCAUCAUUUCAGAGGCUGCAAGUUCAGGGAUCUCAUUGCAGGCGGAUAAGCGGGUGCAGAAUCAGAGGAGGAGGGUGCACAUGACGCUAGAGCUACCUUGGAGUGCUGACCGUGCCAUCCAGCAAUUUGGUCGCACACAUCGCUCCAACCAGGUAACUGCUCCAGAGUACAUCUUCCUCAUCUCUGAGCUGGCAGGAGAAAGACGUUUCGCCUCCAUCGUGGCCAAGCGACUGGAGAGCCUGGGAGCCCUGACCCACGGGGAUAGACGAGCCACAGAGUCCAGAGACCUAAGCAAAUACAACUUCGAAAACAAGUACGGCACCAAAGCUCUGGAUAAGAUCACCAAAGCUAUACUGGGGCGCAUUGAAAACAAAGUCCUACCACCAAAGGGCUACCCAGGAAGUGAAGCAAGGUUCUUUGCAGAUAUGAAGAAAGGAAUGAUUGAUGUGGGCAUUUUCUGCAAGGAACCACGCUUUGGUUUAAACACAGAGAAAGACUGCACCAUUACCAAGUUCCUGAACCGGAUUUUGGGCCUUGAGGUACACCAGCAGAACUUCUUGUUCCAGUACUUUACUGACAACUUUGACUACCUGAUUGAAAAGGACAAGAAGGAAGGAAAAUAUGACAUGGGCAUUCUCGAUCUGGCUCCAGGUAAUGAUGAGAUCCACGAGGAGAAGCAGGAAGUGUUCCUAACUCCUGGAAACCCCCAGGAAGGCCAGGUCAUCCUCUAUAAGAUCAGUGUGGAUCGAGGGAUGACAUGGAAAGAAGCUUGCAUCAAAGCAGAAAAACUGACUGGUGAACAUGAGGGCUUUUACCUCUCCCACAAGUUGCGAGGCAGUCAGCCAUGUGUGUUGCUGGCAGAACAAGGCCGAGGUCGUAAUCUUGUCGUGUACAAGCCCAACAUCGGCAGACAGGCACACUUUGAGAACCUGGACAACUUGCUGCUACGCUACCGCAAGGUGACACCAGAUGAAGCAAAAGACACCUGGGAAAAUCAGUUUGUCUUCUCAUUCAAGAAGUGCAGCCAUGCCAACUGGAAAGGUAAGUGUAAGCAGAUAGAACAAGGCCACGAGUGCUGGCUGGGUAUGCGUCUGCGGCAGUAUCACAUGCUCUGUGGCGCUUUGCUGAGAGUGUGGAAGAAAGUCGCUGAUAUUGUCUCCGAUAUCACCAACUCCAGCAUCCUGCAGAUCGUGCGCCUGAAAACGAAACAGAACAGCAAGCAAGUGGGUAUUAAGAUCCCAGAGAACUGCGUGGAGCGCGUGCGUAGCGAGCUCACUCAAAUGAACGCAGAUGUAAAGCGAGUUCGUCAGGAGAGAGAGAAGCUGGCACAAGAACAGCGCGUCCGCAUGCUGUUGAGGCUGGAGCAAGAGAGAUCCCAUCAUAGCCGCAAAGUCUUCAAUCACGCAGCCCUGCAACUAACCAGUCCCCCACCGUACCCAGGUCCCCGCCCACAUCAGACAACACUGCCCAAGGGACAGGCUGUGGAUGAAGUUCUUGACCUCACGCGCAGCCCCUGUCCCUCACCUGAGCCUCAAACCAACCACACGAAUGGUGCGCUGAGCCUGAACAGAGUGACCGAGAUGAAUGGCAGCUUCGGGAUGUGCAAGGCGGAACUUAAGAUCCCUGAGACGUUCUACCUAGAAGAUCUGAUCUCACAAGAGCAGCAGAGGGACAGGCGAGCACCGUUACAGCACAACGCGGCACACAACAGCUUACACACACAGCAGACCAUCCACACAUUAAAGCAGCAGCACACAGCACUAAGCGUGCUUCAGCAAAAUGUGGCUAAUGUGGCUAAUGUGGCACAUGUGCUUAUGCCGCAGAAGUCCAGUCAGCCAGCUGCUCAGUAUGGUUCACAGCUGAGACUGCAAAGCAAUGACAGAAAGACGGAUAUUAACACGCUCACCAGUCAUUCAAUGCUUGUACACCAGCUUCACCAACACAUUAAUUCAUUAUCACGUUCAUCUCACACCAUGCAGUCUCCUCCCGUACAAAAGGACGGUUCUCAAAAUUCACUCAUACACAACCCCACCAUCGUCCCUCAAUCAAAUCAGGUUCCAGUCAGCAAUCGUGGCCUGCUCUCGUCUCAUCAGGACUCACUUAGCAGUCAGUCAGCGCUCAACUGUCAGUCUGUUGCGAAAAACUCUGCCGACCUCCAGGACAACAUUCAUUUCGACCUUGAUUCCAUCGAACUUCCACCUGCUUCGUACCAUUUCUCUCCUCAAGCGCCAUCUUCAUCGCAAUCGUUUUCCAUCUCCUCCUCCAGCUCGUCUUCUCUUUUCUCCUCCGCUCUCCCGUCGUCUUCGCUGCCGGACUCUGUCUCCACCUCCGCCUUUCCAGCCUCAUCCGAGCGAUCACCUCUUCCAUUGGCCAAUGGUCACUGCAGCAUGGACGCCCUGGACGCCUACAAGGCUCACAACGGUAUGACUCGUGGAGCUUCCACUGACCGCAGCCACUCGGUCAUUCAGUACAAACCCCUAGACUGGGACAACACCUAGUAAUCACUGUGUCUGUAAGCUUCUGUAAAGGAGGAGUUAUACUUGCUCUGUGAGUACGCAUCUGUCUGUGCAUGCAGCUGCUACUUGUGCAGUAUCGCUCACAUGCAUCGCGUUGGUGCGAUGGAAUGAUUUAAAGCAGAAGGAGGGAAGGCUCCAAACUGUCAAAUUAGGAUGAUGUUCCAAACUGCAUGCUACCUAACUAAAUAGUAUAUACAAUUAGUUUGCAACUAAGGGUGAAGUCCUAUGUAGUGUGUAGCAUGCAGUUAGGUACAUAACAUUUCUAUCACCCUGUUCUAAGUUUUAUACUAAAGAGUACAUACAGAUGCACCAAAACUGUUAGUUUAUCUUUAAAACAUUCCUCUGUCGUCAUUAUUGUUCUCAUAAACUUCAUCUAAAAUCACAUACUAUGACUUAUCAUUAAAACUAUAUGCAGUGUUUAAUGGAUGGGCUUUUUGGGUAUCUACCACAAUCCUUAUACUACAAAUAAAAGCAGAUGUAAAGUCAUCUUUCCAAAUUAUUAUUUUUCCUCAAUCUUUGACUUUUGGGCUACUUGGUGCCUGUGCGACGCAUAGAGGGACAUUCCCUAGAGUAGAAUGCGUUUAUUUGUACAGUACAACAAAAUGUAUUUGGAAGAUGGGGUCAGAGCGCAGGGUCAGCCAUUGUAUGGCACCCCUGGAGCCGAGAGGGUUAAGGACCUUACUCGUGACAGAGUUGGGAUUGGAACCACUGUCCCAUCAUCUACAUCAGUGCCUGUGUGCAGUCCAGCAGACAGAAUGCUUGAGAGCCACUGUUUCAAAGCAACCUCUGUAUAGAUGGGACUAUAGAUGCCCCAAGAUUUUUUUCCAUUUCUAAUCCUUUUCCGAUACACUACAAAUCUGAUACUGAUACUCUUAACAGUAACCAUCCUGCUUAGGGAUGAAAAUUUCGCCAUUUUGUUUACUAUUAAUCAGCCAUUGUUAGUCAACAGUUAUUGAUAAUUGACAAGCUUAUAGCGUCCCAUAAAAACAAGUUUCAUACCAGCAAAUCGUCAUGCUGUAUUUUAUAGAUAAGUGUAAUAUAGUGAAUGGGGCAGUGAUGUAGGACAGUAAAGUGAACAUAAACACUGUGAACAAAACAAGUUCAGCAAUCAGAAUGUAGAUGUUAAAGGGUAGCUGGUAGCAAACAGUUUAUAACAAGCUCUAACUGAACAUGCUAACGUACACUAAUACAAAUGGCCUCGACAAAGCGUACCGAAUUACACUUUUCAAAUCAGACACGUGCAAAAGAUUUGUAUAGAACCUCUAAUAUAAACCCACCUAAGAGUAUAAUUUGCAUACUUAUCUCUUACAAGUGGAAACGGUAAACUUAAAAACUUCUAGAACAAAUCACAAGUAUGUUAUUUGAGACCGAGCAAUAGUUUAAAGACCUCACCCUCAUUGAGUUUCACAGUCCGCAUUAUUCAGGUUUUGCAAGUACCCACACAAGCAAAUGCACUGAACGAACACUGGAUGCAUGCGGCAGCCAUGCAUGUUUACUUAGAAGCAAGUAUAACUCUGGUGUGAACUCACUGUUCAUACUGUGGCAGUACUGUCAAAUUUCCUUAUGACAUCAGCCUGUGUAGCUGUGGUGUUGCAUUGCAAAUAGUUUUUUUGGUCCAUUAGUUGGUCCUGUCACACAAAAUCAUUCGUUGGUUCUUAAAAAGUGUUUGUGUGUGUGUUUAUUCAGUAAAGACCUGGUCCAUACGCUUGGGAUGCUUUGAUUCUGAUAAAGCUGUCGUUCUCAACAUGACCUCACUACUUUGGGGUGGUUUUACUUGGCAUCCCUUACAGUCUGUCUUUUAGUUUAUACUGAAAACACAUUGUUCCCAUUAACGGUACACUAGUUAACAUAUGCCUAAAAGAUGUUUUACAAGUUUGAACAUCUACGUCUACUAAUUCUCAGAGCUAUCGUAAGCAUUAAGGGAAGAAUUUGUACCGUCGUUUAUCUCUAGUUUUCUUGUUGCUGUUUCAGAAUGAUUUGGCUUCUUUAAUUUUGUCCAUGUGUUUUUUUUUUUUAACAAAUUAUUAUUUUUUUUUUUCUGAUACCGACCAAUUACAAAAGGGUGGUUUAAACAUCAAUUUGCAGAUUCAGAACAAAUUCUGAAGCAACCCGAGUGCACCUUUAUUAGUUUUUAAACAGAUUUAGAUCUCUUUAUGGCCUCACCUACUCUUACUUGUUGCUCCUGUUAAGGAAUCAAGUCAGACCUGGAAAAAUGCCUUUAGUUCAGUCAGUGCCUUUGUAAUAUUAAAAUGCUGUCAAUGUGUGUGUGUAUGUGUAUACGUAGGUGUGUGUGUAUGAGAGAGAGAGGACGUUUGUGCAUAUAUACAUAUUCUCUUUAUAUAAAUAUAUUCUAUUGUUAGAAAUAGUAUGAAUUUUAUUUAUUUUCUGCAUACUGCGCUCUUUACAGUUGUUCCACUCAGAUGUCUAACUAACCUGAAUUUUAGAACUGCUGUUUUACAUACAAACCCCGUGACUUUGUAUCCCAUGGGCCUGGGUUUUUGGCCUGGGUUUGGGCCUAAGCGUGAGUAGAGGGAGUUUAAAAAUAUCUAUAAAAAACUAAAAACCACAGCCAUAGGCAAAUGAAGUACUCUAUUUGCUUUACUGCAUGUUUUAAUACUUUCUCAGGUAUCUUGUGAACGUAUCACUGUCCAAACCAAUUACUUUAUAACGAAAAUAACUAAAGCUGGACCUUUUAAAACUGUGGAGGUUGGACGCACGUUAGGCUACAUUCACAAAGACAUUUAUGGCGUCUGUCAGAAUUUGAUGCCAGCAAUUGAACCAGUUACAUUUUUAAAGACUUGUGAUAGCUGAACUACUGGACCUCAUGCUAACCUCUGUCACCCUUCAGAGGGAGAGCAACCCUUAGCAAUAAAAGCAAAACUGCCCGUUGAACAAGUUAUGAGCCUGCAGAUUGGUUAGAGUACCUGUUAAACUCUAAUUAAAUUAAUUUCCUCAAAAUCAGAUGCAAAAUAUUAUAUUUUAGGAAAGAGGUUCUUAAAAGGUCAACAUGUUCUUGUACAGGUGGAAUGAAAGCAAUGUAUUGUCUUUGAUGUUGCUGUUAUUGAUGUUUAUAAUAUUGUUAUUAUAACUAUAAUUAUUGUUAUUUAUAUUCAUGGGAUAUUUUAGUAGUGGAUAGACAUUGUUAUAAUCCUGUUUGAUAGUUUAUACUUUUCAGUGUCUUGUCUGGAUUGUUUUUCUCUCUCUUUAUUUUUUCCUGAUUCAUAUCAACACCGAUGUAGCCGAAGCUAAUUUUACCCUGGCACCAAAUCUGUUGCACCAUCUUGCACUGCUCUUCAGCAUUCAUGUCUUAUUUAUGUCACAAAUUACACAAUUCAUCUUUUACAGUCUGAGUGCGUUCACAUGCACACACAGUGCAGUGAAGUAGGCCAGGUACAGUCUCAUGCAGAAAUUAUAUUAUACAGUUAUAAAGAGCUUAUUUAAAGGGUUACAUAUAACUUCUGGCUUCGCCUAAACAGUUCGAUUCAUUUUAAGAAUACUAGGGUUUUACUUUUCAUCUCCCUGCUUGUUUGCUAAGACACAUUAGACAUGACAUUUGGCAUGGAAUACAUGGUGUUUGUGUAAAAUUUGGACCAAGACUGUAUAAUGUAAAUAUCAUUUUAUUUGCAAACAGCUGUAGAAGUAAAAAGAACAAAGUGGUGAAAGCCUGCGUAAUCCACGUAUCUCAGAUUUACUAUCAGCAGUGUUGUCAUUAGUGUGUGUGGUUUGGUAUGCAGUCCUAGGGGGUUUCUUUGGACCCAUUAGCUUUAUCAACAGCCUAGUUAGUUUAAAUCUAAAGCUGCCAUCUUACUGUGUAAUUUGUUUAAUUACUGACUGGUGAAGGUACAGCUAAAGUUUUGCUGUUGUCGUAUUGAACAGCCCCAGUCGGACUUCAUCUUGUAGUAAAUUUUUCUGUACAUGUAAACGCACUCUUAACUCAUUACAUGUUUUAACUUUGUUGGGCUUUCACUCUUAAUUCCAGUCACACCAAAGUCUUUUUCACCCAACAUUGCAUUAUCUUGUGUAAUCUCAGGAAAAGUUAGUGUAAUGUUAUAGCGAUGCACGCUGGUUUAAGACUGUGUUGCAUUUCUGACUACUGUAUUUCUAAACUUGAGCUUUCUAAAAACAGAUAGAAAAACAAUUGGACUAAAGUUGUAUUAGGACAAUAUUGUAUUGUAAUAUUUCCUUAUUUAUAACCCAAAAAUGGUCAUUUAUUAAUCAGGCAGUUUUUUUUUUUUCCCUGCUUUAUUAUAUUACUGUUUUGUGUGUUAUGUUAUUGUAAUUGACAUUUUCUAAAGAAAUGUUUUUAAAUAAAAAGGUAAAUGUCUCUGGUCAAGAUGUUCACCACUGUGUAAGAGACACAACUUCUCUAUUGUUGCUCAGAAAUUUCUAUACUCUUUCUUUACCCAAACUUUUAUACCUAGCAAAAUACAAAGAAAAUCACAAUAUGGUAU